CAUUGUUCCAUUCGAAAAGCUUGCUAGCUGCGACCAAUGGCGCACACGAGGGCAACGUUUAUGCUAGCGGUGGCACUCGCCGUGCUGGGCCUCACCACCACUCAGGCGCAGCUACAGAAUGGGUUCUACAAGGGCAAGUGUGGCGCCAACGACGUGGAGGCGAUCGUGCAGGGCGUCGUCAAGGCCCGCUUCUCCCGUGAACCCGCCGUCGCCGCCUACUUGCUGCGAUUGCAGUUCCACGAGUGCGGCGUCAAUGGCUGCGACGGCGGGCUUCUGAUCGACGGUCCGGGGGCGGAGAAGACGGCACCGCCGAACCUGAGCGUGAAGGGCUACGACCUGAUCGCGGACGUCAAGACGGAGCUCGAGAAGCGGUGCCCGGGCGUCGUCUCCUGCUCCGACAUCGAGAUCCUCGCUGUAGAAGGAUAG